UUGCGAGCUCCACGUACCCGGUACCCUCCCUCUCGAGAUGUCUCUGAGAACGCAAAAUCUCCAGUUUCAGCACUUCCAGGUGUCUUUCCCGGCCGAGCACAUUGUCCAGGUCACUAUCAACCGACCCGACAAGCUGAACUGCAUCAACAAGGCCACCAGCCGUGAAAUAGCCGGCAUCUGGGAGCGGUUCGACCAAGAUGAGAGCCUGUGGGUUGGCAUCAUCACGGGCGUGGGGCGCGCGUUCUGCACAGGGGCCGAUCUCCACGAGUGGAACGCCAUGAACCAGGCUGGGGUGGUCAACGACAUGGCAGCUCCGGGCCUCGCUGGACUUCCGCGGCGGGCAGGCAAGAAGCCCAUCAUUGCGGCCGUCAACGGGCUUUGCAUGGGCGGGGGAUUUGAAAUGGUGGCCAAUUGCGACGUGGUAAUCGCAGCGUCGUCGGCCGAGUUCUCGCUGCCCGAGGCCAAGCGUGGCAUUGUGCCCGUAGCGGGGUGUCUUCCUCGGCUGGCUCGCACCAUUGGGUUGCAGCGGACCAUGGAUCUCGUGUUGACGGGCAGGAGCGUGGAUGCCAGGACGUUGAGCGAGUGGGGACUGGUCUCGCGUGUGGUGGAUGCGGCUGCCGACGGCGGCGUUGCGCGUGCAGCGAUCCAGGUCGCGCAGGAAAUGUGCCGGAACAGCCCGGAUGCGCUCAUUGUUGGGCGGGUGGGAGUCCGUAUGGCCUGGGAAAACGGAAGCGUCGAGGAUGCUGUGUCGGCAUUGGACCGCGACUGGUAUCCCCGGCUGCGGGAGGCGCCCAACUUUGCCGAGGGAAUCCGGGCGUUUGGGGAAAAACGUCCGCCCAAAUGGCUGGACUCGAAACUGUAG